AUGUCUUCCGAUUCCAGCGAUUCGGGCAAUGACAGACCUCAGAAUCCACCUCCGCCUUCAGCCAAGCCGAAAAAGAGAAAGAAGCAUGUUCCGCCGCAAGAAACGAUCAAUAAAAUCUGGUCGCGUUUCUCCGUGAAGAAAUUCACUAAAGCGACUGUUGUACUGCCCUUCGCAAGCUCCACUAGCCAGCCUGCAACCGACCUGUCCAGACCUCCUCAAACCGCUACAGACAACCUGCUUGUGUCAGAGGAUUUCGACCGAGCAGUGCAAGAAUGUCGGACGAGAGUGAAGAAGCUGAUCCAGGAAUGCCGAAGAGUAAACAUGAGAUAUCGUGACCCGGACUUCGAUAUUGAUUGGGAUCUAAAGAUGAAAAGAGGCUAUUGUCUAAACAAUUUGAAGAACAAUAAAUUUGUGAUUAGCGGCAGUGCCUACUCGACCUCCACGACCAAGUCACCUAAGGCUGUUAAGAGGGUGCAUGAGAUCUUCGAUAGGCCAACGUUUCUCGCCGAUGAAUUAUCGCCAGCGGACGUCAAGCAGGGAAGCCUAGGAGAUUGUUGGUUGAUGGCUAGUCUGACUGCUCUGGCCAACAUGGAUGUUGGUAUUCAGCGAAUCUGUGUUGAGUACGAUACGAAAAUUGGAAUCUAUGGCUUCGUGUUUCACAGAGACGGAGAAUGGAUCAUCUCCACCAUCGACGAUAAACUAUUCCUAAAGUCGCCUGACUGGGAUUCACCUUCUGUUCAACGACACUUGCUGGAACAGACUGACAGAGAAGAUGUCGAGUUGGAAUACGGGAAGACUUACCAGAGUGGUUCACAGUCAUUAUUUUUUGCACAGUGUCGUGAUCAGAACGAAACAUGGCUACCUUUACUGGAGAAGGCCUAUGCUAAGGCACAUGGAGAUUAUGCAUCUCUCCAAGGAGGUUGGAUUGGGGAGGGCCUUGAGGAUCUUACAGGUGGCGUUACUACCGAACUGCUCACCUCGGACAUUCUUGAUACAGACGAAUUUUGGAACAACGAGAUACUCAAAGUCAACACAGAAUUUCUGUUCGGCUGCUCGACUGGCUUGCUCGAUGGUGGUUAUGGCAGCAGAGAUGGUAUUUCUGAAGGUCAUGCGUAUGUCAUCAUGGAAGCUCGUGAGAUUUCAACUGGUCAGCGCCUAGUCAAGCUUCGGAAUCCAUGGGGAAAAGGAAAGAAAGGUAAUUGGGAAGGUGCUUGGUCUGACGGAAGCAAGGAGUUUACUCCGGAGCUACAAAUCGAGCUGAACCAUAAUUUCGGCAGUGACAGUGUCUUCUGGAUCUCGUAUCAAGAUCUUCUCCGGAAGUAUCAGCACUUCGAUCGCACUCGCCUGUUCAUGGAUUGUCCAGACUGGCGGAUUACUCAAAAGUGGAUCAGUGUUGAGGUGCCUUGGAAGGCAGAAUUUGAACAAAAAUACCGGAUCGUCUUGAAGAAGGAAUCGCCAGUCGUCUUAGUGCUUAGCCAACUCGAUGAUAGGUUCUUCGAGGGGCUGCAAGGACAGUAUACAUUCCGGCUCCAGUUUCGAUUGCACGAGGUAGAUUCUGUCGGGGAGAAUGACUAUAUUGUGCGGAGUCAUGGCAAUUAUCUCAUGGAGCGAAGCGUGGUGACGGAGCUCAAGAGUCUACCAGCUGGAGUUUACGCUGUCUUCAUCAUGGUCGUUGCUGACCGGGACACACAUAGUCCUUCGGUUGAAGAUGUUGUCAAGGCGCAGUGCAGACGAAGAGUAGACAAUGAUAAACUAGCUCAAGUUGGCAUGUCUUACGAUAUCGCUCACAGCAAAGGAUCCCCUCAUUCGGAGUCAAGAGACUUAGCACGAAAAGCACAGGACAAGGCGAAAGCUCGUGAAUCACGAAUCGCGACCCGGAAGAAGAAUUGGGAAAAGAGACAUUUGAGUCGCGAGAUUGUGAGGAAGCAAGAUAAAAAGAAUCGCGAGAAGCGAGAGCGGAGAGAAGCGAAAGAUGUUGCUGAGCAGAAGAUGGAAGAGAAGGAGCCGAAAGAUAAAUCUGUCCAAACGGAAGAUGCUAAGGAGGUUACUUUUGAGAAGGACGACAAGUCGGUGCAGACGGAAGAUCCAUCCAAGCCACCUCCUGAACAAGAUCAGGCAAAUGUAUGUUCCAAUACGCAUGCACAAUUUUCGACUCCGAAAGACACAGACAAAGGCGUACAAACAGAAGAGACCUGUGGAGUAUCGGUUCCAGAUUGUCGAGGCACACCAGACACACCCAACAGCACCAUGGCCGGCUCACCACCUCCACUGGUUCGUGUUCCACCCAUCCAUCGUGGACCCCCGCCGCCGCCUCCGCCCUGUUCCCGCAAUCGCAAGAGAUCCACAGACCGGCACGAAUACAUCACAUCAGAAGGCGAGUCAAGCGCUAGUCCUAUCUCCGACUUCGAUGACAUGUAUAGCGACGAUGAUCCAACUCUCCAGCCUAGACCAGUGAACACCACUGCUACGCCAGGCGCGAAGACCAGGAGCAACAGUGAUGAUGAGGAUGAGACGGAGCCAUGGAAUGCGAUUUGUAUUGUUGGAUUUAGAGUUUAUAGUAAAGACGAAGGGUUGGAGCUGUUGAUUUGGGAUGAGCGAUUGGAUGCGAUGACCCAAAUCACCAAGAGGGCAUCGGCCGUCAAGGAGGACAACGGCGCUGAUGGGGAUGGUGAAGAUGAUGCUGUGGAGGCAGAAGAGAAGCGCGUCAAGGAUUCCAAGGACUUAAGAAGGAAAACGGGAUGA